CCCCCCCCCCCAUCCCCCUCGCCCGCCGCCCCCGCCGAGCCCCGGACAUGGCGGCGCCGGGAGGGGGCUCCGCCAGCUGCGGGUGCUGAUCCGGCCGCCGCGUCCCCCUGCCCGCCCGUCCCUCCCCGCCCAUGGGCGAGACAUGGACUACGAGUUCAAGUCGAAGCUGGCGGCCGAGCGCGAGCGGGUGGAGGACCUGUUCGAGUACGAGGGAUGCAAGGUGGGCAGAGGCACCUACGGGCACGUCUACAAGGCCCGCCGCAAGGACGGAAAAGAUGAAAAGGAGUAUGCACUGAAGCAAAUUGAAGGUACAGGGAUAUCCAUGUCGGCCUGUAGAGAGAUUGCACUUUUACGAGAGUUGAAGCACCCAAAUGUGAUUGCAUUGCAGAAGGUUUUCCUUUCUCAUAGUGACAGAAAGGUUUGGCUGCUGUUUGAUUAUGCUGAGCAUGAUUUGUGGCAUAUUAUCAAGUUUCACCGUGCCUCAAAAGCAAAUAAAAAGCCCAUGCAGUUGCCAAGAUCUAUGGUUAAAUCCCUACUCUACCAGAUCCUCGACGGAAUCCAUUACCUCCAUGCAAACUGGGUGCUUCACAGAGAUCUGAAACCAGCAAACAUUCUGGUAAUGGGGGAAGGUCCUGAAAGAGGAAGAGUCAAAAUAGCUGAUAUGGGUUUUGCAAGAUUGUUUAACUCGCCUUUGAAGCCAUUGGCAGACUUGGAUCCAGUUGUGGUGACAUUCUGGUACAGAGCUCCAGAGCUGUUACUUGGGGCCAGACAUUAUACAAAGGCCAUUGAUAUUUGGGCAAUUGGCUGCAUAUUUGCUGAACUAUUGACUUCAGAACCUAUAUUUCACUGUCGCCAGGAGGACAUCAAAACAAGUAAUCCUUUUCAUCAUGAUCAGCUAGACCGCAUUUUCAGUGUAAUGGGAUUCCCUGCAGAUAAAGACUGGGAAGACAUAAGGAAGAUGCCAGAAUAUCCAACUCUUCAGAAAGAUUUUAGAAGAACAACAUAUGCCAAUAGUAGCCUCAUAAAAUACAUGGAGAAACACAAAGUCAAGCCUGACAGCAAAGUUUUUCUUUUGCUUCAAAAGCUUCUUACUAUGGACCCUACGAAGAGAAUUACCUCAGAGCAGGCUUUGCAGGACCCCUACUUUCAAGAGGAUCCUCUGCCUACAUCAGAUGUGUUUGCUGGCUGUCAGAUUCCAUAUCCGAAAAGAGAAUUCCUCAAUGAAGAUGAACCUGAAGAGAAAGGGGAUAAGAAUCAGCAGCAGCAGAAUCAGCAUCAGCAGCAAACAGCACCUCAGCAGCAGGCGCAGGCAGCGCCGCAGCAGCCGCAGCCGCAGCAGCAGAACAGCAGCCAGACCAACGGCACGGCAGCGGGCACCGGCGCGGGCACAGGGGGCACGGGCACGGGGCUCCAGCACAGCCAGGACUCCAGCCUCAACCAGGUGCCUCCAAACAAGAAACCACGCAUAGGGCCUUCAGGCGCUAACUCAGGCGGGCCUGUCAUGCCUUCAGAUUAUCAGCACUCCAGCUCACGCCUGAGUUACCAAAGCAACAUUCAGGGAUCUUCUCAGUCCCAGAGUACAAUGGGCUAUUCCACAUCAUCUCAGCAGAGCUCUCAGUAUCACCAAUCUCAUCAGUCUCACAGGUACUGAGGGGCCUGACAGGCUGCACUCAGAAAGGAAUGGACUAGAAGCCAGAAGACUCCAGCAAUAUGAAGUUCAUAACGAUGAGAAGACCAAAAAUACAAACUAUGAUGCAGAAUUAAAAUUCAUGAUGACAAAAGGAAAACUUCAAUCACUGAAGACUUCCCCCACCCCUGCCCCAUCCCCAUCCCUUUAUUGCCAUAAAGGAGAUUCUUGUGAAGUUUUCCUUCUUCCCUGCCCUUGCAUGUGCUCCAUUGUGGUUACUCUAAUGAACCCUUCUGAUCUGAACCCAGCACUUAACUUCUUUAUCCUUUGGAAUUUUGAAGGAUUCCUGGUGCACCUUCCUUAUGCUGUAGUGAUUGCCAUAAAUCUGUCUUUUCAAUCUCUUUGAUGGGAUUUUAAAGUUUUAAAAUCUUGAACUCCCAGGCUUUCAAGCUUGUAUAUAGUUAGUUUUAUACUAGGCAAACCAGUUUAGCUAUACAGGUAUAUUGCACCUUUUUAAAGCACUAUGUUAUUUUCACAGGAUAUUACUGUUUUGCUCAUGGAUGUCAAGAACAGCAAAAUUUUACUGUUCCAGAGUAUUUUACUAUUCUGUUUUUAUUAGUCUAGUUUUCAGGCAAAGUAUUAAAAAUAAAAAAAUUUAAAAAUUAAUAAAAUGAAAAAAGAAAAAUGAAAAAAGAAUAAAACCCACCCAAGUCUCUGCAGCGACAGAUAUGCUUCAUGCUACUGGACUGAACGCCAAACAGAAGAUUGCUGAUAUUUCUUAACUCAUUCACAUUGAAUUCUUGAAAUCACAGUGAUCAUGCUCUGACUAGUUUUAAAUUAAGCAUUACUUCAAAUGAAACCAGGACAGUCACAUAAAAAGGAGAUGCUUUCAGGAUCUGUUGGAACAGAAGAAUGGAAUGUCUUCCCAGGCUGGACACCAAAAUAGUCAGGAAAAUGUAUUUACUGCCCUCAAGUCUCAGUAGGAAUGUGGAUGACGGGCUUUUUCUGUUUUUCUGCUAAGUAGCUUAUUAAUGUGCGUGAGAGUUCUAUAAACAUAGCUUUCUUUCACAUUCCUGAGUCAGUUCUCAAAAUUUAAAGGUGACAGAAAUACUAAGACUUGCAAAAACAAAUGCAUUUAAUAAUUUUAUGUUAGAAUUUAUAAUUAAGAGAAAUUGUGCAGUUUGAAAAGCAUCUUGAAAAUUGUUCCUUUUUCUUGUUUAUAAUGCAUAUUCUGUGUCCCUCACAUUGCUGUGAUUAACCAGAUUAGUUACACCAGAUGCGCUUGAUUGCACUGAAAUGUUUCUUUUUCCCUAGAGCAAACAUGUUUUGAUUGUGCCUAAGGGACUGUAAGUGGAUGGGUAGUUGGCAGAAAAUCCUCAGUAAUUAAGCAAGAGUUCAGAAGCAUAAUCAGAAGAUUAUUGUCCAACUUCUGGAACCACAGUUAUUCGGAGAGACACAACAUAUAAUUUGGGACAGCUUCAUUUUUGCUUCAGCCUUCAGAAAUAAGGCUGACUCCUGUGGCAGAAAACCUAGAGGAAUGCAUUUAGAAAGCUACUGGCAGUGUAACAUCAGUGAGUUUCUACAGCUGGUGUCCAGAGAAGAGGUGAGGUGAGAGGAGUUCUGUGGUAUAUCGGGUUUUUAUACUCUAGAGUGUUCUCUUCUGUCCUGUGCCCACACAACAAAAAUGGUGUACCCAUACACAUUCACACUGAAGUUGUGAUCAGAUGUAGCAAGAUGAGUAGAUCUGUUUGCUCUGAGGAGAAUCAUUUUUGUCACAGCCAGUCAUAUACAUGGUUCUACUGGAUUUGAUCUCCCAAUCAUCUUUAGUGCCCCCUUCCUCCUCAAACUCAUGCUGUUUUCCUACUUUUUGUGAGCAGUUGGCUUGCUUUGGCCAUCCCUACCAUCAUGUGAUUUUGACAACACCCAGCUGCUCUGGAAAAGCAGCUAAAACCUGCUUUUGUCAUCAAAUGGAUAAGAAGUUGGUGAAAAACUAAAUUAAGCAACUGGAAAGAAAAAAAAAUAUUUCUGGGGAAAAAAUCUCCCAAAGGAUACUUUCAGUGUGUAACACUUGAAGUGCUACAUUUUAUACAUACUGUAGUCUGUAUACUACAUCCAUAUAUAUAUAUAUAUAUAUAUAUAUACUCUGUUUGAAAGAACAGAUUUUAAUUGUUCCUUUAUUUCAGUGACUCUGGGGUGACAUUCUUUCUGUCUCCCCCCUACUGAUGUUAGGAUGAGGUACUUUUGAUCAAAUGGAUAUUUGGCCAAUGCCAUUAAGUAACACUUCUUUUAUACUUCUGUGAUUUGAAUUUCACAUUUCUGGAAAUUAACUUAAUGGCAGAGUGAUUUUUGUCCCCUCCUAUUCUUUUCAUCCUUCUAUUCUCUCAAAAUUAUUCUUUUCUACUACAGUUAUCUAACGUUUUUUUUUCCCUGCUGUGACCUGCAGCUGAUCAUCAAAAUUCAUACAAGAUCAGGAGGUGGCAGGGAUCCACUGGUUAAUUAAGGUGGGCUCUUGUGCCAAUAAUGCAAAAUCAUGGUGUAGAUUAAUCUGUAUAAAGAGUGUGAAACUUCACAGCAAUGUAAGGUGCUUUAAUUGAGUGAACUUCCAGCUUCUAGAGUGACUGCCACAACCUCUCUAAGCUGCACUUGCAUUUCUUGCCUUGGUUGGGUUUGAUAGAUGACCACAUGCCACUCCUCUCUCUAGCUUUUGUGUGCACAGGUGAAGCCAAGCUGACUUCCUCUGUUCCUUCAAAUUCACAGCCAGGAGAGCGAAUAAAACCAACAGCACUGGCUGCAAAAUGUAGGCUCUGCACACUCUUGUAGUUUCUUCCUGGGAGUGAAAUUGCCUUUUCUUGGGAGCUUGAUGCAUGCUGCCAGGGUGGGUGGCAGUCAUAAUGGAAAAAGCCUUGCUGCCUAGGGGUUAUCCCAUGAGGUAAAAACUCCCCUUUCAGAAGUGAAUUGUGCAGUUUAUUGUGGGAAACCAGGACCAUGUCAUUUUUAUUGGGUUUUUUUUGCCUGUGCAGUUUCUUUAUUACUCAGCUCUGUCUCUGCCCAUAACCUGUAGACCCUCACCAAAGUGUUUCACGCCUGUACCAAGAGGUGCAGAGCUGUCUUCUCCAACCCGGUGGGAGAGCGGGCUGCUGAGUACAGCUUUUCACGUCGUGGCUCAGAGGAAACAAACAUGGGGAAUUAAUGGGAUGAGCAUCCUGGUCCACAUUGGUGAAGUUUUAUGUAGCACAAACUGCACAAUGAAGGAAAAAUAUAGGGAAAGCUGCGACUCCUGCACUGUAUCUGUGACACUGUAUCUGGGAAGGGGGAGGGAAGUGCAUUAGUGGCGGGAGGGGUGGCGGGAAGCUAGAAGUGUUCAAAUAUGUAUGAUAUUUUAUAUAAACAUAAUAAGCUUAGUUCCCCUUCAUAAUCUUCAGGAAUGGUACUUUAACACCAUUAAGCAAAGAAUUGUUUUAGGAUUAAAUAAAUGUAUUGUACAUAAGGCCAUACGUAAUCUUCUAAAAAUGUCGCCAGACAGCAGCGAUGUGUAUUACUAUAUGAAAAAAGUCCUUAAUGCACUGUUAUCUCCUAAAUAUUUAGUAGUAAAUUAAUGCUAUUUAAUUUUUUUAAAAAUUUGUCUUGUGUAGACACUAAAAAAGUAUUACACAAAAUCUGGACAGAACAUGUCCUUUUUAACAGCAAUUUAAAGAACUUUUUAUAUAUGUAAGGUAGUAACUUUUCAAGUUGUUCUAGUUGUAUAUUCCCAUGUUUACUAUUUGUGGAAGUGUGCCUGUCUCUACUCAGUUAUUUUUUUUUCCUAAUAAUUUCAUGCACGCAUCUUUCAUUUUUGUAGUUUCCAUUAGAAAUUAUUGUGUAUGCGCCUGGUGCUGCCAUGGAACUUUGCCGCUCCAGAUCUGUGGUGGCCUCAUUCAGCAGUGCCCGUGCCAAUGGGCUACCAAAACCACAAAGCAAAAUACUUGUUUCUCAUUCUGGAGUUGAGAGUUUACUGCUUUUAAGUUGUCCUGAUGUCACUCUUGAAAUGACUGUUAAAACUAAGCUAUGAGUUCAUUGCAUUUAUUUUAUAUUCUUGGUUGUAAUGAAAUGGAAUUGACUUUGCUUCAGUGUGAAUUUUUUUAAUAAAAUAAUAUACAUUUGUAAUAAUAAUAAAAAGUUCAAAUCAAA